CUCGGAACCAUUUUAAGGAGAAACCAAUAAGCCACGCCCCCUCGCGCUCCCGAGAAGCCAAUCGACGCGCAGCCACGCCCCGGUAGACGCGCGGCGGCGACGCCAACGGUCGCGCGGGUGACGGUUGGGGAGGGGCGUGAUUCGCGGGAGAGCGAGGGAAACCUGAGCCGGCCGCCCCGCCCUGGGAACCCGACGCUCCAAAGCCUGGGAUUAGGGGGCUCGAAGGCUGGCCCCACGCCCUGGCCAGGUGUGCGGGACUCGACCAGGUGCGCGGGCGCCCCGCCCCAGGCCCCGGGAGCCCUGCGAAAUGGCCGAGAGCCGGGGACCAGGCUGCGGCGGGGGCCCAGGCUGCGCUCUGAGGCCGGCCACGCCACCAGGUGUCUGUCUCCCCCAGGACGGUCUACGGGGGCCCGGGGCGGGGCAGGCGGCAGGUGCAGACACCGGAGCCGCGCUGGGGGACGGGCCCUCCUGGGACAAUUGGCACCGGCCGGCUCCUUCAAAAUCCCGCGCUGGGGCAGCCGACCUGCGCGGUGCCCUCCGGGACGCAGGGGGCGCUGUCGGCGCGCUGCAGUGGGCUCCGCCACGACCCCGCUAACCCAGCGCCGGCCUCCCUGCACGCCGCUCCGCCAUGGUCGCCGCGUUCGUGCUUCGCGGCCUGUGCCGAGCGCAAGCCGCGCCACGCUGGUCCCCCGCCGAGCUGCUGAGGGUCCCACGGCGAGGGCAUCGGCUCACGCCGGCGGACGACGAGUUGUACCAGCGGACGCGCAUCUCUCUGCUGCAGCGCGAGUCCCCGCAGUCCAUGUAUAUCGACAGCUACAGCAGCCGCGGCUUCAUGGUCAACGGAAAUCGUGUGCUUGGGCCCUGCGCGCUGCUCCCGCACUCGGUGGUGCAGUGGAACGUGAGCAGCGAGGCCGCGGAGGGCCCGAGUCCCAGGCCUGCCCCCCGAUUCUGUCCCUGGCCAACUUGGGCUUUUCCGUUGCCCCUUUGUGGCGCAGGUAAGGGUUCUGUGGGGAAAACCGCGCGAACUCGUUUAACCUGCCUCCUCCCAACACAGGUAGGAACUCACCUGGACAUCACCGAAGAAAGCUUCUGUCUCUUCUGGUUGCUGGAGCCACGAAUAGAGAUCGUUGUGGUGGGCACGGGAGACCGGACUGAACGGCUGCAGCCCCAGGUGCUGCAAGCCCUGAGGCGGCGGGGCAUCGCCGCGGAAGUGCAGGACACGCCCAAUGCCUGUGCCACAUUCAACUUCCUGUGUCAUGAAGGCCGAGUAACAGGAGCUGCUCUUAUCCCUCCGUCCGGAGGGACGGUGCUCACAUCUUUAGCACGGGCAGCAGAAUGAGCCACCAGGAACUGACCUAACCUGUCCAGGAGGGUCCUGGCACUUUGUGCAAAAUGCUUUCAUUAGCCCUUCCCCUUUGGCACUGUAACACUUGUCUUUCUUGCCAGCAAAUUAAUAAUUUAAUCCACUUUUCCCA